AUGAAGAAAAAAGAAAACUGUUGCAGACAGUAUCACACUUGGGAAAGGAAGACCGAAGAAGUUGUUGAAGCAUUCGGUCAUAUUAGCGGCUCUCAUGAUGAUUUAUCAAAUGGUUCCAGUUGUUUCUAUAGCAUUCUUGGAGUACCACGUAAUGCUGAUGAUGUUGCUAUCCGAAAAGC